AUGGGGAACCCCGUCAAACCACAGCUUGUGGCGGUUCCUCUCAUUCUCUUUCUCGUCAUCGGCUCUUGCACUGCUGCCGCUCAUCCCUGGCGACGUGCUCUCGUCCGCAACGACAACGCUGUCUCGUGGAAUGCCGCAGCCGCAUAUACCAACAGCCGCACCGCACCUCGCGGAGUCAACUCCAAGGCUGCGACGGUCGAACAGAGGGUGUCAGAGCCCCUCGUGUAUUCUGCCAGAGGCGGCGCUGCUGGUUCCCACGCGACUCCCAGUUGGAGUCAGCACACUGCUGCCAGUCGCGUGGGAACCGCUGCCCCUCACGCCGUCCAUUACGCGGCCACUCCUGACGCCGCCUCUCACGCCACCCCUCAUGCUGUCCAUUACGCGGCCACCCCUGACGCCGCCUCUCACGCCGCCCCUCACGCCGUCCAUUACGCGGCCACCACUGACGCCGCCUCUCACGCCGCCCCUCACGCCGUCCAUUACGCGGCCACAACCCGCGGCGCUCCUCACGCUGCACGUAACGCCGUGAAUCACGGCUCUCACGGACCUGGAAACGCCAACCUCCCUGCAGCAGCGAAUCAGCAUCGAGGUGGUGUUUCCCGCCAUGACGGUAACGGUGGUGGAACAAUCGCCGUCAACGGCGCAUUCCGCGCAGCCAGCGCGAACGACGUGGCGAUCCAUCACCGCUCCAGCCACGAGCGUCACACACGAGACGAGCGCAGCAGUGGCGGGCCAGUGGGGUGGCACAUCCAGCCCAGCAGCAGUGGAGGCUUUACUGGCGGUGUACUGGCGCCUCCACUCUGGUCCUUGCCCCGCGACAGGCCACGCUGGCCAUUUCACAAGGCAGGAGCUUCUGAUGUGGCGUUCCACAGGAGGAAUGGUGGCGGCAACAGCAAUGCGCGCGGCGCUAAUCACCCGGGCAGCUAUCAGCGAGAUGAUGAUCUGGCAUGGGACGACGGAGUGGCAGCAACGGCACAGGAGUGGGCGAACGAGCUGGCGUCCAAAGGGUGCCCUCUGGAGCACGGCGGAGCAGAGGGGCUCGGGCAGAACCUCUACUGGCUGUCACCCGCAGGGCUGACCCCCCAGGAGGACCGUGGGGCAGUGCAGUCAUGGGUGGAGGAGAAGGCGGACUGGACCCCCAGCCCCAUUCCCGACGGGUGUGCGGACGGCAAGAUGUGUGGGCACUACACGCAGGUGGUGUGGCGCGACACCACUCAUGUCGGUUGCGCCUCUGCUCAGUGCCCCGAUGGCUCCGGCAUGUGGGUCUGCAACUACUCGCCCCCAGGCAACUUUGCCGGCCAGACUCCUUUCUAG